UCGCGCAUGCAUCAAAAUUAUGGGAAAAAAGACUAGUCUUGUACGAACGUAAGAACAAAAAAUUGCGACCGUGGCGCGCGCGAUAUGAAGCUUGCCCCAAACUGAAAAAGAAAAAGAGAAAAAGAAGAAACAGCUACGUGACGAGGAGCCGGCAUCGGAAUUCAGGAAUUGAUCCAAAUAACAACCUUCAUUUCUCCUCCAUUAUCUUCAAUUCACAAACCAUUCAUUGACAUAUUAUAUUUCUAAUAAAAAAGAAAUGGAGUCAUUGACUGAGCUAUGUGAUUUAAUCGCACAAAACCCAUCUCAGUUCAUGGAGAAACUAGCAUGGAUAUGUGGUAGAUGCCCUCCCGCAGAAGCCCUACUUGUUGGAUCUCCUAGGGUUUCCAGGUCUCAAAUCAAUGCCAUACUCGCCGUUGCACGAUUUCUCUCAAAAUGCCCUAAUCAUUCAGAUGAAAUGCCCAAAUCACUCCUCCUUGCUUUCUAUCGUUCAAUUCCUUCAUCUUUUAACCCAUCUUUUUGGCCACAAUCUUUUACAAACGACUCAAUUGUUUCCUUUUUUCGUGAAUUCUUGGAAUAUAUCUCUAAAGCAUGUGAAUUAUCUCCUGAAUUUUCUACUGACGUUGCUAGAUUCACAGGGGAUAUUCUCAUAUCAGCUUUAGCUAAUGGGAAUGGAGAUUUGGGGGUUUCAAAGGCAAUUUUGAAAGCAAUGUGUUAUCAUUUCCUUCCUCUUCUUCCUUCCGAUGCCAACAAAUUGGUUUCAGCUCUGCUUGAGCAGUUUGACAAUUUCGUACCCAGGUCUCCCCAGGAGCUGGCAACUUCCUCUCAUAGUUCACCAAUGAGUGUGAGCAAUGUAGAUUUGUUAGGUGCAAGUAGUGGGUACAGUGAUGGAGGAGGAGAUGGUGCCGAGAAACGAGCUAUUGCCUCAUUCGAAGAGGAGCCCGUGGAUAGGCUUGAGAAACAAGAAAUAGCAUUGAAAUUGAUAGGAAAUAUCCUGGAAAAAGUCUCUAUUGAUGCCAAUUUAUUGGAAAGUGUCAGAGGUAUUGUAAAGCAGCAAUUUCACUCAAUGGUAACAUUCUUAAAGAUAAGGAAGCGUGACUGGUCCGAACAAGGGCAGUCACUGAAAGUUAGGAUCAACGCCAAGCUUGCUGCUUAUCAAGCAGCAGCUAGGUUGCAGAUUAAAACUCUCGCGUCCCUUGAUUUGGAUGGAAAAUCAUCAAAAAAAUUGUUGCAGGGAGCUCUUGCUUCAUUGAUAGAGGCUGCAGAGGCCUGUUUAUUUUCAGUGUGGCGAAAGUUGAGAGCAUGUGAAGAGCUGUUCAGCUCUUUGCUUUCUGGAAUUUCUCAUGCCGCUGUUGCUCGUGAUGGUCAGAUGCUUCGGGUGCUGCUCAUUCGGUUUAAGUCUCUUGUGCUGGCGACAUGUGCUCAGGCAGACAAUUGGGGCAGCAACCAGGGGCCCAUGUUUGAAAGCGUGUUGAAGACAAGUUGUGAGAUAAUUCAAUUUGGAUGGAACAAGGAUCGAUCUCCUGUGGACACCUUUAUAAUGGGAUUUCCUAUUUGUGAAAGGAAUGGUUAUGAGGAAGAGGUAGAGAGAGAGAACCACACAGUUCCUUCCCUGCAGUUAAAUGUUAUAAGGUUACUAGCUGAUCUAAAUUCUUCAGUUAAGAGGCCUGAAGUUGUGGAUAUGAUAUUGCCGAAAUUCAUUGAAAGCUUAGAGGAGCGUGAUGCAUCGAUACCAGGCUUAUUGCGACUCCGACUUCUUGACGCUGUUGCUCGUAUGGCAAGUUUAGGUUUUGAGAAGUCCUAUCGUGAAGCUGUUGUUCUGAUGACAAGGAGUUACUUAAGUAAGCUUGCUGCUGUUGGCUCAGCUGAAAGUAACACUGCAGCUCCAGAGGCCACAACAGAACGCGUUGAGACACUUCCGGCAGGAUUUCUUCUGAUUGCCAGACACUUGACUACUCCUAAGUUGCGUACAGACUACCGUCAGCGCUUGCUAUCCCUGUGCUCAGAUGUGGGCUUGGCUGCAGAGUCAAAAAGUGGAAAGAGUGGAGCUGAUUUUCUUGGGCCUCUCCUUCCUGCUGUGGCUGAGAUAUGUUCAGAUUUUGAUCCUACUGUAGAUGUUGACCCUUCACUCUUGAAGUUGUUUCGAAACUUGUGGUUCUAUAUUGCUCUCUUUGGGUUAGCUCCUCCAUUACAGAGCCAUCAUGCCAUGACAAAAUCAGUAUCAACUACUCUAAACAGUGUUGGCAGCAUGGGAGCAAUUGCACUUCAAGCAGUGAGUGGUCCAUACAUGUGGAGUGCUGAUUGGUCCUCCGCCGUCCAACGCAUUUCUCAAGGAACCCCACCACUAGUUGUGAGCUCCGUGAAAUGGCUUGAAGAUGAGUUGGAACUUAAUGCUCUUCAUAACCCAGGUAGUCGGCGUGGUAGUGGCAAUGAGAAAGCUGCCAUUAGCCAAAGGACUGCUCUUUGUGCUGCUUUAGGAGGACGCAUGGAAGUUUCAGCAAUGAGCACAAUUUCAGGUGUCAAGUCAACUUAUCUACUUGCAGUAGCAUUUCUGGAGAUCAUACGAUUUAGUAGUAACGGUGGGAUCCUCAAUGUGGGCCCUAGUUCUACAGCUUCUAGAAGUGCCUUCAGCUGUGCCUUCGAAUAUUUGAAAAGUCCUGGCCUUACGCAAGCUGUCUCUCAAUGCUUGACAGCAAUUGUUCACAGGGCUUUUGAAACAGCAGUAGCAUGGCUGGAGGAUCGGAUGUCUGAGACUGGACCUGAAGCAGAGUACAGGGAAUCUACAUUGUCCACUCAUGCCAGUUUUCUUGUAAAGAAUUUGUCUCAAAGGGAUGAGCAUAUACGAGAUAUCUCAGUUAACUUGUUGAAUCAAUUAAGAGAUCGCUUUCCUCAGAUUUUGUGGAAUUCUUCUUGUCUAGAUUCACUGUUGCUUUCGGUGCAGAAUGAUCCACCUUCUUUUGUAGUCAAUGAUCCUGCUUGUGUUGCUACUAUCCGCUCUUUGUACCAAAAGACUGUUCGGGAAUGGAUAAUUGUUUCACUUUCACAGGCUCCUUGUACUAGUCAGGGGCUUCUUCAGGAAAAGCUUUGUAAAGCAAACACUUGGCAAAAAUCACAGCCUACAGCAGAAGUUGUUUCUCUCUUAUCCGAGAUAAAAAUUGGUACAGGUAAAAAUGAUUGUUGGACAGGAACAAGAACAGCAAAUAUUCCUGCUGUAAUGGCUGCAGCAGCUGCAGCAUCUGGAGCAAAAUUAAAAUUGACAGAGGCAUUUAAUUUAGAGGUGCUCAGUACUGGUAUGAUCAGUGCAACUGCGAAAUGCAAUCAUGCUGGAGAAAUUGCUGGAAUGAGAAGGUUAUAUGAGAGUAUUGGUAGCCUUGAUCUGCCAGCAUUGGGUCCUGGUGAUAUGAUGGAAAAUAUGCAGCCAAAAACUGAGUCCUUUUCUGAGGUUUUACUUACAAAGUUUGUCCGACUCCUUCAGAAGUUUGUUAAUGUUGCAGAAAAAGGGGGAGAAGUGGAUAAGUCAUCAUUCCAUGAAACUUGUUCUCAAGCAACUGCUUUGCUUCUGUCUGAUCUGGGUUCAGAUUCUAAAUCAAAUGUAGAAAGCUUUUCACAACUUUUACGUCUUCUUUGCUGGUGCCCAGCUUAUAUAUUGACAUCUGAUGCCAUGGAGACUGGUGUAUUUAUUUGGACAUGGUUGGUUUCAGCUGCUCCUCAAUUGUGUUCUCUGGUACUGGCUGAGCUUGUUGAUGCAUGGUUGUGGACAGUCGACACAAAGCGAGGGCUUUUUGCAUUUGAGGUUAGGUGUUCUGGACCUGCUUCUAAGUUAAGGCCUCACCUGGUUUCCGGGGAGCCGGAAGCACCGCCUGAGAAGGAUCCCGUUGAACAAAUUAUGGCCCACAGACUAUGGCUUGGAUUUUUCAUUGAUCGGUUUGAGGUUGUUCGACAUGAUAGUGUUCCACAGCUUUUGCUUUUAGGGCGGCUGUUGCAAGGAACCACCAAACUACCUUGGAAUUUUUCUUCCCACCCAGCUUCCACUGGCACAUUUUUCACCUUUAUGCUACUUGGGCUGAAGUUUUGCUCAUGCAAGUCACAGGGUAAUUUGCGAAACCUUAGGGCUGGGCUUCAGCUUCUGGAAGACAGAAUAUAUCGGGCAUCGUUGGGGUGGUUUACUCACCAACCUGAGUGGUAUGACAUGAAUAAGAACUUUGCCUUGAGUGAGGCGCAGUCUGUUUCUAUGUUUGUCCAUCAUCUUUUGAAUGAGCAGUUAGAUACUCCCCAACUUGAUUCCAGAGGACGGGCACUCGAAAAUGGAAGCUCUUUGAAUGAUGUGAGAGAUCAAUACCAUCCUGUUUGGGGCCAAAUGGAGAGCUAUGCUGUUGGGAGGGAGAAGCGGAAGCAGUUGCUUCUGAUGUUAUGCCAGCAUGAAUCGGACAGACUUGAUGUUUGGGCACAACCCACUGUAAAGGAAAUCACUUCACGUCUUAAAAUCAACUCUGAGAAAUGGGUCGAUUUUGCGCGAACUGCCUUUUCUGUGGAUCCUCGGGUUGCUUUGUGUCUGGCUGCAAGGUUUCCUACAAAUAAUCAUCUGAAGGCUGAAGUGACUCAGUUGGUGCAAUUACAUAUAUUGGAGAUACGUCACAUACCUGAAGCAUUGCCAUACUUUGUUACACCUAAAGCCAUUGAUGAAAAUUCAACACUUCUACAACAAUUGCCACACUGGGCUGCUUGUUCAAUUACACAGGCACUGGAGUUUCUCACACCAGCAUACAAGGGUCAUCCACGUGUCAUGGCUUAUGUUCUAAGGGUGUUGGAGUCUUACCCUCCUCAAAGGGUAACCUUCUUCAUGCCCCAACUGGUGCAGGCCCUGAGAUAUGAUGAUGAGAAAUUGGUAGAAGGAUACUUGCUCAGAGCUACUCAAAGGAGUGACAUAUUUGCUCAUAUUCUGAUAUGGAAUCUUCAGGGCGAGACUUGUGAGCCAGAGUCGGGGAAAGAUUCUUCUGCAAAGCAUGCUGCAUUUUUGGCCCUACUUCCUCUUGUGAGGCAACGAAUAAUUGAUGGGUUCAAUGAAAAGGCUCGUGAUGUGUUUCAGAGAGAGUUUGAUUUCUUUGACAAGGUCACAUCUAUAUCUGGCGCACUUUAUCAACUUCCCAAGGAGGAGCGAAGAGCUGGUAUCCGGAGGGAGCUGGAGAAAAUUGAGAUGCAAGGAGAUGAUCUCUAUCUACCUACUGCUCCUAAUAAAAUUGUGAAAGGGAUUCAGGUUGAUAGUGGGAUUCCCUUGCAAUCAGCUGCCAAGGUUCCUAUUAUGAUCACAUUUAACGUGGCAGAUCGAGACGGUGAUCAAAAUGACAUAAAACCCCAAGCCUGUAUAUUCAAGGUUGGUGAUGAUUGUCGGCAAGAUGUCCUUGCUUUACAAGUUAUUUCACUUUUGAAAGAUAUCUUUGAAGCUGUUGGGCUUAAUCUUUAUUUAUAUCCAUAUGGAGUUCUCCCAACUGGCCCAGAAAGAGGAAUAAUUGAGGUCGUACCCAACACACGGAGCAGAAGUCAGAUGGGUGAGACGACUGAUGGUGGUCUAUAUGAAAUUUUCCAACAGGACUAUGGACCUGUUGGUUCUCCUGGUUUUGAAGCUGCUCGUGAGAACUUCAUCAUAAGCAGUGCAGGUUAUGCAGUUGCUAGCUUGUUGCUUCAACCUAAGGAUAGACAUAAUGGGAACCUUCUGAUUGACAGUGCUGGUAGGCUUGUCCAUAUUGACUUUGGUUUUAUCCUGGAAAUUUCUCCUGGUGGAAAUAUGCGAUUUGAAAGUGCUCACUUCAAGCUGAGUCAUGAGAUGACCCAAUUAAUUGACCCAUCUGGAGCAAUGAAAAGUGAGACAUGGUACCUGUUUGUAAGCUUGUGUGUCAAGGGUUACCUUGCUGCACGUCGCUACAUGGAUGGGAUAAUAAAUACAGUUUUGAUGAUGCUAGAUAGUGGGUUGCCUUGCUUUAGCAGGGGUGAUCCUAUAGGAAAUCUUCGGAAGAGAUUUCAUCCUGAGAUGAGUGAGCGUGAAGCAGCCAAUUACAUGAUUCGUGCAUGUAGUGAUGCAUACAAUAAAUGGACGACGGCCGGGUAUGAUUUGAUACAAUAUAUGCAGCAGGGCAUCGAAAAGUGAGGGAGUACCGAGCUUGCUGCAGAGUUUGACAAAAACUGUAUUAUGUUCACUUGUAAUCUAAUGAGAAUGGAAAUGUCUGUAUCAUAUCGGUGUAAUUCUUUUUUCUUUUCUGUGGGUGGGUGGGUGGGUGGUAGUAGUGUGAAUUUGCAAGUUAUUCUUUAGUAGGAUUGCAUGAAGAGUUGCAGAGCUGAGUUGCUUGUGAUAUUUUUUGGCUUAAUUUUUAUACACUA